GUUGCAUAUAACCAACUCUGCAAUUUUUUUUUAAAAAAAGGGGUCACAUUCAACUUCCAUUUCCAUUGCUAUAUUUUUGCUAUCACCGAGCUGAGAAAUGAACACCUCCUCCUCACAUUCCGACAUAACAAAGGAGAGAGAGCGAAGCAAUGGAUGCUGAAGCUCCGCUAGUAUGCGAUACCGUCAGGGGAUGCGUCAACUUCAAAGGCCGCAGCGUUCUCCGCUCCAAAACCGGAUGCUGGAAAUCUGCUUCCUUCACCAUAGGCGUUGAAAUGGCGGAGAGAUUUGCUUACUAUGGAAUCAGUUCCAAUCUGGUGAGCUAUCUCACCGGUCCGCUAGGCCAGUCCAUGGCUGCGGCGGCGGCGAGCGUCAAUGCGUGGGUGGGAACGUCAGCGCUCACACCGUUGCUCGGCGCAUUCGUCGCCAAUUCGUUUCUAGGGAAAUAUUGGACGAUCAUCGCUGCCUCUAUCCUCUACAUCUUGGGAUUAGGUUCACUGUCUGUAUCAGCAGCUCUCACUCCGUCUGAUUCCUCAACUCCUACUCGGAUUGAUGUGAUAUUCUUCUUCUUCGCGUUGUAUUUAGUCGCAUUUGCAGUAGGCGGCCACAAGCCUUGCUUGCAGGCGUUCGGAGCUGACCAGUUUGAUGAUGAGAAUGUGAAAGAGGCCCGAUCGAAGAGCUCAUUCUUCAAUUGGUGGAGUUUUUGCUUGUGUUUUAGCGUUGUGCUGAGCUUGUUAGUCUUGACCUACAUUCAAGACAAUCUGAGUUGGGUACUCGGCUUUGGAAUCCCCUGCAUUGUGAUGUGUUUUGCGCUAUCUGUGUUCUUGUUUGGGAUUGUGACAUACAGAUUCCGUGUGAAGAGUGAUGAGAGGAAUCCAUUUGUGCAAAUCGCCCGUGUUUUUGUCAGAGCUGUGAAAAACCGGCAUGCUGUGACAAACUGGCGUGCUGCUGCUGCUGCCUCGGAAGUUUUAACAUGUCUGGUUAUUGCUGUUUGUUACGAUUAUGUGGUGUUUGUGCUAGGUUUCUUGAUCGAGCUUAAUGGUGAGGAAGUUUGCAGCAUGAGUGAUAUUGAAGAUGCAAAGGCAAUUCUAAAGCUUCUCCCGAUAUGUUUGGCGUGUCUGCCUUUCACCGUUGUGUAUCAACAAUCCACAACUUUCUUCACCAAGCAAGGAGCCACAAUGGACCGUCACAUAACCAGCAAUAUCCAGAUCCCAGCUGCCGCCCUUCAGGCCUUCGUGCCCGGCUCCAUCAUCCUCUUCGUUCCAUUCUACGAGCACGUCCUAAUCCCCAUAGCCAGAGCCAUAAGCCACAAACCAACCGGCAUAUCACUUCUCCAAAGAAUAGGAACCGGCCUAGUUCUUGGCAUAGUUUGUAUGGUCGUUGCAGGCUUUACUGAAAGGAUACGCUUGGAGAUUGCUCUUCAACACUGGCUUUUCGACUUGCCUAAGGAGACUGUCCCGAUGAGCAUAUGGUGGCUGGUGCCUCAGUACUUGGUUAUGGGGGUUGCGGAGGUGCUGACAUUCGUUGGCCUUCAAGAAUUCUUCUAUGAUCAAGUUCCCGGUGGGCUGAAGAGUUUGGGACUUGCAAUGUCGUUUUCUGUGGUCGGCAUUGGUGGCUUCUUAAGCAGUUUCCUUGUGUCCAUCGUGGACAAGGCCACGGGUGGACGGGGCCAAGAUAGUUGGUUGUCGGAUAACUUGAAUCGGGCUCAUCUCGACUACUUCUAUUGGCUGCUGGCAGGGCUUAAUGCACUGUCUGUUGUCUUGUAUGACGUCGUGGCGGGCUUUGCGGAUUUUAAAGGCCGUCGCGCCAUCCGAUCGAAAACCGGACUAUGGAAGUCCGCUUAUUUCAUCAUAGGUGUGGAAGUGGCGGAGAAAUUUGCAUAUAACGGUGUAAGUUCAAAUCUCAUCACCUAUUUGACGGGGCCGUUAGGACAGUCGACGGCGUAUGCAGCUGCUAGCGUCAACGCGUGGACCGGCACGGCCUCGCUUUUGCCGUUAUUGGGUGCUUUCGUGGCCGACUCAUUUUUAGGCCGAUACCGUACAAUUAUUAUUUCGGUUUUGGUCUACAUUUUGAGUUUGGGGUUAUUGUCUCUGUCGGCUUCCCUCCACUCCGACUGCAAGGCCGGAGCUAAUACCUCCGAUUGCGCUCCUCCUUCGCUCGAACUCGUCGCCUUCUACCUCUCUUUGUACCUAGCUGCAUUUGGGGAAGGGGGAAUGAGGCCCUGCAUACAGGCUUUCGGAGCUGACCAAUUCGAUGGCGACGACGUCAAUGAGUCGAAAUCGAAAAGCUCCUUCUUCAACUGGUGGUAUUUUGCAAUGUCGGCUGGCUCUUUGCUGGCCCUCUUGAUCUUGAACUACAUUCAAGAUAAUCUUAGCUGGGAGCUCGGGUUCGGGAUCCCCUGCAUACUGAUGCUCGUCGUUCUCCUUUUUUACUUGCUCGGCUCCCCGACCUACCGGUUCCGCCUACACACCGAUGCCAAGAAUCCGUUCGCAAGGAUCGGCCGUGUUUUCUUGAACGCGACGAUUCCUCGCCGCGGCUGCUCUGACGCAGAUGCAGAGCAACCAAGAACCAAGUUUUUGGACCGGGCCGGGUGCAGUGAAGGCGACGUUAGGGACGCCAAGGCACUCCUCGGCCUCCUCCCCAUCUGGUUCACGAGUCUGGGCUUUGCGGUCGUGUUCUCGCAAAGCACAACCUUGUUCACCAAACAGGGCCAGACGAUGGACCGAGAGAUCUUCAGCGGUCUCAAGAUUCCCGCCGCAUCGCUGCAGUCUUUGUCGUUUUUCACCGUAAUUUUUAUCAUGCCAGUCUAUGACUGGGUACUGGUGCCGGCCGCCCGGUCCUUGACUGGGCGACCGGCAGGGAUAUCCAUGCUCCAGCGAAUCGGGGCGGGCUUGUUCAUGUCUCUGUUCUCUAUGGUGGUCGCCGCGCUUGUCGAGACAAGGCGUCUGGACGUUGCGGCCAAGUGGGGGUUGGUCGACGAGGCGGGGGCCACGCUCCCGAUGAGUGUGUGGUGGUUGGCACCCCAGUACGUGCUGUUUGGCUUGGCGAAUGUGUUUGUGCUCGUUGGGCUACAGGAAUUCUUCUAUGACCAAGUUCCUAGUGACUUGAAAAGUAUAGGGCUUGCACUAUACCUUAGUAUUUUAGGAAUAGGUGAUUUUUUGAGUAGUUUUUUAAUAGCUCUGAUCGAGUCGAUCACGACUCGAGGGGGGCAUGGUAGUUGGUUCGACAACAACAUGAAUCGAGCCCACGUGGAUUAUUUUUAUUGGUUGCUAGCUGGGAUUAGUGCAAUUGUGAUGCUAGCUUAUGCUUUCAUUGCAAAGUCCUACGUUUAUAGGGGAAGAGAUUUGGUGUGUUGUUAAUAGUGGAUGGUCGAAUUUGUAAACUAUAGUAGUAUUAGUCAAGAAUUUGGUCAUAGCAUGGAUUUUCCUUCUUUCUUCAUCA